CCUCCAUCCUGCAGGUACUUACGGUAGUUAGCUGUCGCGGCUAAUUCCACUGCUAACAGGAGAUUAUGAGCGCAAUAGUCGUUGCGCGGUGCCGGGACAACCAGCGAUGCUAAACGGAGGCUAACACCGAUCCAAAGUGCUGAGAGGAGCCGUGGUACCGUCCAGGAUGCCCGCCGGGGUGUGUGGCUGCUGUGGUCCCCUCAGGCCCCGCUACAAACGCCUGGUGGACAACAUCUUCCCUGAAGACCCCAAAGAUGGGCUGAGUAAAUCGGAUAUGGAGAAGCUGACUUUCUAUGCUGUGUCGGCCCCUGAGAAGCUGGACCGCAUCGGGGCGUAUUUGGCCGAGAGACUGAGCCGAGAUGUGGUGCGCCAUCGCUAUGGGAACGUGGUGAUUGCGAUGGAGGCUCUGGACCAGCUGCUCAUGGCCUGUCAUUCCCAGAGCAUCAAGCCGUUUGUGGAGAGCUUCCUGCACAUGGUGGCAAAGCUGCUGGAGUCCAGGGAACCCGACCUGCAGGUGCUGGGGACCAAUUCGUUUGUGAAGUUUGCCAACAUCGAGGAGGACACUCCGUCUUACCACAGACGCUACGACUUCUUUGUGUCCCAGUUCAGUGCCAUGUGCCACUCCACCCACGAGGAUCCCGAAACUCGCACCAGGAUCCGAGUGGCCGGGAUCAAGGGUCUCCAGGGAGUGGUCCGAAAGACUGUUAAUGACGAACUGCAGGCCAUCAUCUGGGAACCUCAACACAUGGACAAACUCAUCCCCUCGAUGCUCUUCAACAUGCAGGACAGCGAGGACAUGGACAGGCCUGGCCACCCCUCAUCCCCCUCGGCCCCGGCUGGAGGCCCUGAGCUGGACGAGAACCCUGCGGCCCUGGCUGAGAGCUGCUUCAGAGAGCUGCUGGGAAGGGCGGCCUAUGGGAACAUGAACAAUGCUGUCCGGCCCGUCCUCGUGCACUUGGACAACCAUCACCUGUGGGACCCCAAUGAGUUUGCGGUGUCCUGCUUCAGGAUCAUCAUGUACUCCAUACAGGCCCAGCACUCGCACCAUGUGAUCCAGCAGGUCCUGAGCCACCUGGAUACCCACCAGAAGGACACGGCCCGGGUCAGAGCCGGCAUCGUGCAGGUGCUGCUGGAGACUGUGGCCAUCGCUGCCAAGGGCUCUGUGGGCCCCACAGUGCUGGAGGUCUUUAACACCCUCCUGAAGCACCUACGCCUCAGUGUGGACUUUGAGCUGGGAGGAGACUCUAGGAGGAACUCUGCCAUCAGCAUGUCAUCAGGACAGAGAGGCAAAGAGAGCGAAGAGCGCUACGUGCAGAACGCCAUCAUCCAGACCAUAGGCUUCUUCGGGGGGAACCUGCCGGACUACCAGAGAGCCGAGGUGAUGAUGUUCAUCAUGGGAAAGGUGCCUGUGUACGGGACGCCCUGCCACACCUUGGACACAGUCAAGAUCGGACAUCAGGGCACCAAGCGUAUCCAGACGAUGCUGCUCAGCUCUCUCAUCAUGGUAACAUCUGGGUUCAAGUCCAAGUCCAUGUCUGCUGCCCUGCCCUCCACCUUCCUGGACCCCCUCUUCUCCAUCUCUCUCAUGGAGGACAGCGAGCUCCGGCAACUGGUGCUGGAGAUCCUGCACAACAUCAUCGAUCGCCAUGACAACCGCGCCAAGCUCCGAGGCAUCAGAAUAAUCCCCAAUGUGGCUGCUCUAAAAAUCAAGCGAGAGAAGAUUUCCAAGCAGGAUGUGGCCUUUAUGAAAAAGCACGGGCAGCAGCUGUACCGGCACAUCUACCUGGGCUGUAAGGAGGAGGACAACACUCACAAAAACUUUGAGCUGCUCUUCACCACACUGGCUGUUCUGACCAUCGAGCUGGCUAACGAGGAGGUGGUCAUUGACCUGAUCCGACUGGCCCUGGCUCUCCAGGAGAUGGCUGCUCUGAACGAGGAGAACCUGCCCAUGUGGCCGCGCUGUGGCAUCAUGGCACUGGUGGGGGCAUACCUCAACUUCCUGAGUCAGAUGAUCGCAAACUCCGCCUUCUGUCAGCACAUCAGCAAGGUGAUCGAGCUGAGGACUCUGGAUGCUCCGUACCUGCUGCCAGAGCACAUCUUCAGAGACAAGUGUCCCCUGCCUGAGACUCUGGAGAAAGAGGACACACAGCUGUACUUCCAAACCGCCGAACUGUCUGAGUGUCUGUCAGGACCAGGCUACAACUCUGAGAGACUGUCCAUCCCCUACGUCCCCCAGGUCACAGAUGAAGACCGUCUGACGAGGAGGAAGAGUUUUGUGGAUACCAUCUCUCUGCAGGUGGACAUCAUGUCUAACAGUCUGCCCGACAAGUCCCAGUUGGCAGAGGAGAUCACGUUUGAGACGCUGAAGAAAGCCAUCGACACCACAGGUUUGGAGGAGCAGGAGAGGGAGAGGAGACGCCAGCUCAUGGAGAAGUUCCAGAAAGCCCCGUUUGAAGAGAUCGCUGCUCACUGCGAGUCCAAGGCCACCAUGCUGCACGACAAACUGGCUCAGAUCUUUGAGCUCACAAUACGCCCUCCCCCCAGCCCCUCUGGAGUAAACCUGUCGAGUGGUCACCCCCAGCACCAGUCUGUCCCUGUGUAUGAGAUGAAGUUCCCUGACCUGUGCGUCUACUGACCACCUAGCCCCGCCCCCUGCAGGCUGGACAGAGCUCUCCAGACAAGCCUCAGCUGAAUCGCAGGACUCCUCGCUGUACAUAGGCACCAUUGAAAAGCACUUAUCAUCACUUUAUGUCUACAGCUACCAGACAAUGACAUUUGAAUCUAGAUCAAAUUGUUUUAACAAGCUUCCAUCUGAGCCAUUGAAUGCACCACCAGCCCAGCUUGUAGUUCCUUCAAAUCCUCGAAUCUUGACGCACAGAUUAUUAAAGGAGACAUAUUGUGCAAAUAUCUAGCUUUUAAUCAUGUUAAUGUCGUUUACCUCUCAAGUUUUAUUUAGGGAUUUGUGCACCUUUGAACAAUCUUUAUUCUCCUGUAUUCAAGAUGUUAUUGCUCCGAUCUACCGUCGUUCUCACUGCCACCGGUACAGGCCUACUGUGAUGUACUUACUUUGUUCUCCAUUUUAUUAUCUUAAUCUGUGAUGCAUGUAGGAUGUGAUAACGUUGCGUAGGAGGUGCUGACAGCAUGCGGCGCUUUGUUGUGAUCACGUUUACAGCGAUGUACCCUAAGGCAGGCGGGAAUCGACUCCCACUACCUCACUGGGCUCCGCAUUUUCUUUAAUUAAGCCGUUGUAAAUCAAUAUUGCGAUUUAAAUGUUCAGAUUAUAACGUAAUGAUCCAUGGGUCUCAUAGAUUAGAAUUAUACAGCAGACACAAGCACAAUAUGUCUUCUUUAAAAACAACAAAAUUAUUCCAACAAUUACCAUAUACAAAAUUAGAUGCUAGUAUAGACUUAAACAGAUCGCUAAACAGUAAAAUUCUUAGUAAUACAAGUAUUUGGUGUGAGUGUAUGAAGCAUUAUGAGCUUAUGAGAAUUUCUUGCUGUGUCAAACUAUUUGUUUCCGAUUAGCGCUCAGGUCGGUACGUUUAUGGUAGAGCGAAAAGUCUAUGUAAUUUUUUUGUAUGCAUUUAGCGUGUCAUAUGCACCAAGGGCUGCAAUCAGCAAUAAAACUAUCUUACACUUUAGAAUGUAGUCGCGGCUAUUGCUAAAGAUGCUAACAAAAUAUAUCUUAAAUGAGUAUUUGGAGUUAUAACAGACUUACAACGAAUUACAAUCUUACAUUUAACCUAUCUAUAGUGAGUCUUAAUUAUGAAAAAUAUGCAAAAAACACAAAAUUCUUAACAGAUCGCUUAUCAAGUAAAUAGUGUCUGUAUAAUCUUUAUGAAUGCAGUAGUUAUGUCUGAGGCCAUAGAUGUAUGAUCAGAUACAAGUCGAUGUGCUAUACAAUUUAAACAGCCAAAGCAAAUGUUGGAACAGUAAAUUCCUCGUUAUCUCAAAAUGUGUACAGAUAUUAUAAUUCAAAAGUGAUAAGCUCGUUAUGAAUUUGCUUACAUAAAAUAUUACAUUUAUAUAUGAUUAGGCUGGAAUGCACCAACCAACAUCAGCUUUAAACUAAAUUAUACUAGAAUUGUAUGUCAUCAUUUUAGAUGGAGGGGCCUGUACAAGACUUUAAACCUUAGACCUUUAAAUUCUGAUCUGUCCUCCAGAUAAUAGUUUAAAAAAUGAGCAGUUUCUAAUGUUACGUCAUAUGAAUCCAACCUAAAACUUGUUUAAAAUGUCUCGUACCUAGUUAAAAUGUAUCUAACGUUUAAUAUAAUUUGGUGCAUCUCGGUUUAAGACAUACAGCGCAUUUAAAUCAUGUACAUCUAUGGACUCCAUCAGCAAUAUUCAACCGCCAUUAUUAAUAUUCAGCGUAUUAUAAGCCAGCAUAUCGUGUGUUGUAACUGCAUAAACCAGCAUAUUACUGUCUUAACGUCUUCCAUGCUUCCCCUUUAAUCCCUCCGUCUCUUUGGCAUAGCCGUAGUCUUCACGUGGCUGAGAGCAGAGGCAGGUAAAGGCAAGUCUGUUAUGGUUUUAUAAGAGUGUACAAGAUGGAUACCGAAAGUGUUUCAGUGACUAAAAAACAUAACGAUUAACUAUGUCAUAAUUACAGUAAAUGUAUCGGCAAGAAGCAAUUCCUUGUCAAAUAUACAAAUGUUAAAUGCUCAAGUUAAUAUGACAGGUUGGACUUUUUUGGGGUUUGUUUACAGUAGAUAUAAUUGUAUUUCUUAAUUGACUAAAACGCUUACCUAAUUUUUGCCUAAUUUGACACAGGCACCAGAUGUGACAUAAGGAGAGGGAAAUUACAUAACUGUUACCUAGCAACCAUACUGUAAGGUUAGUGGGUGACUAAUUUGUUCUUAAAGUUACUUCUGCUAACAUGUUAAUUACCCAAAAACAUUUUCUUAACCCUAACCUUAUUAACUCUAUUCUUAACAUAAUCCUGUUCCUAAACUUAACCUGUUUCCUGACUUUAAAAAAUAACCUUUUUCAUACACUAUCAUUUUGAAUCACUAAUCGCAGCAAACCCUCCCUACCAAACAUUCUAGCAUUAACUUUAGAAACAAGGCAGUAUUUUCUGUCAUUUUACAACAAGAAAAUUUACCACGAGUAUUAUCCCACCACACAAAGUCAUAAUUAACAUAAAAACCUGUCGUACGCUAAGCAUUCAUAACCUAACUCUAGUAUCAUAUGCAUUUCGUUUGCUGAUUGCUGUGAGUGGCCAUAUUUGUGCAUCCCGGGCAGCAGACAAUGGGGGCGGCACCUGUCUUAACCCCGCCCCAUCCAGGAAGUGCAUAACCGAGCGCACACGAGGUAUACUCCUGCAUUUUGUACAUUUAGUUUAAUUUUGUGCUGCUGGACGUGGUUGUCUGAUUUCUUACAUUUCAUGCAGAGUCUAUGAGAGAAUAUUUUAGUAAAUGAAAUCUUGAAUUAUUUUUGGGAUGUUUUCACAGUUGUGGUUGUAAGUGUUAUGUGUACGAACUUUUUAUGAAUUUCUCAGAUUCAGCCCCAGACUGUGAUUAGUUUUAAUGCAAGUGCAAGAAAAAAUAUCAACAAACAAUAUGGCCUGAGCCGACUAUGACCUGUAAAUAGUCCUAUUACAUUAAUUCAUAUGUCCAUCCAGGAUAUCGACUUAAAAGAUAUCUGGAAACACAUAUCCGAUCCAGCAACUUUUUCUGGAUCGGCGCAGAUAUCCAAUAUCAUCAUCAGACUGGUGCAUCCCGACAAAAAUAUUCACUUUUUAUUUUUACAUGUUUUUUUUUUUUUAGGCAAGACGUUCCAGGUUCAUUGGAAAAAUAAGAUAUCCAAAUUCCCCCUGUAAAAGGCUAAAAUCUAAAAUUAUAAAACAAACCAAGAAUUUUAAAAUCAAUUAUACUGUUUUCAACCUAGAUAUAUUACUUCUUUUUUUAGGAAUCUGGAUACAAAAAAAGUUUCAAAUAGUAGUUUUUAUUUUAACUUCCCUCAUCUUUCUGCAAUGCCUAACCUUAUAUUUUAAAAUAUGAUUCAGUACUAAAUUAAAAUUAUAUCUCUAUCUGGGGCUGAAUUUGGUUUGUCAGUGUUCUCUUUUAUGUGUGUGUUUUUGUUUUUGUUUGUUUUUUACUCAAAUGUGCUUUUCUUGAACAGAUGUACUUGAGCCACAUGCAGUAAUAACCAGCUAUGACUUUCAAUGUUCUAGAGCUGUAAUGUUAUUUUUGUGCCAGAUUUAGAUUGAAAACAAAGUGAACCACUAAAACACAGAGGCUCCAUCGGAUGAAAAUGUCACACACAAUUCAAAAUAUUAAAAUGAUCGUAAGCAAGGUGAAUUAAGUUGUUUGUUGCUGGCUUAUGAUUGGAUGUAAUUUCCUCGUGGGUGGAGCCUCUGUGUUUCUGAUUAAUAUCAUAUGUGCAAUGUUUAAGAGACUUCAAUAAAUCCAAGCUGCAA